AUGGGGAGUGGCGCCAUUUUUCAACGAUUGAGAUUUCGAGCUCUCUCCUCCUCGUGCUUCUAUGGGAGAUGCAACAAGAGUUUCUCUGUUGCGAUGGAGCUCCGGAAUUGCGAAGUUUCGAUAUGUGAUCACUUGCGGAACCGAAGACUCGACGAGGCUCGAGUGAUUUUCAAUGAGGUUCCAUCUCCUCAUGUGAGUCUUUACACAAAGAUGAUCUCUGGGUACACGAGGAGUAACAGAUUGGUUGAUGCGUUGAAUUUGUUCGACGAAAUGCCUGUGACUGUGAGAGAUGUCGUCUCGUGGAACUCGAUGAUCAGCGGAUGUGUUGAGUGUGGGGAUAUGGAUACCGCAGUGAAGCUGUUCGAUGAAAUGCCUGAGAGAAGCGUUGUUUCGUGGACGACGAUGGUGAAUGGGUGUUUUAAGUCCGGUAUGGUUGAUCGAGCUGAGAGGUUGUUUUAUCAAAUGCCUUUGAAAGAUAUUGCAGCUUGGAACGCAAUGGUUCAUGGGUAUUUGCAGUUUGGUAAAGUAGAAGAGGCCUUGAAGCUGUUUAAGGAGAUGCCUCGGAAGAAUGUGAUUUCGUGGACGACGAUGAUCUGUGGGUUAGACCAGAAUGAGAUGAGUGGAGAAGCUCUCGUUUUGUUUAAGGAUAUGUUGAGCUGUUGCAUUAAAUCGACUUCAAGAACGUUCGCUUGUGUAAUCACAGCCUGUGCAAAUGCUCCAGCUUUUCAUAUGGGUACACAAGUUCAUGGCUUCGUCAUCAAGUUGGGGUUUUUAUAUGAGGAAUAUGUAUCUGCUUCGCUCAUAACGUUUUAUGCAAACUGCAAAAGAACAGAGGAGUCUCGGAAGGUGUUUGAGGAGAAGGUUCAAGACCAAGUUGCUGUAUGGACUGCUCUAUUGUCAGCGUAUAGUCUGAACAAAAAGCACGAUGAUGCGCUAAGUGUUUUCUCUGAGAUGUUAAGAAACAAUAUCUCACCAAAUCAAUCGACAUUUGCUAGCGGAUUAAACUCUUGCUCUGCUUUGGGAUCAUUGGAUUGGGGUAAGGAGAUGCAUGGAGUUGCGGUGAAACUUGGUUUAGGAACUGAUGCCUUUGUAGGUAAUUCUCUCGUUGUCAUGUACAGUGACUGUGGAAAUGCAAACGAUGCUGUGUUGGCGUUCACAGAAAUCUUGAAGAAGAGCACUGUCUCGUGGAAUUCCAUUAUUGUUGGCUGCGCGCAGCACGGGCAUGCUAAAUGGGCUUUUGUGAUAUUCGGUCAAAUGAUUCGCUUGAACAAAGAGCCAGAUGAGAUCACUUUCACUGGCUUACUCUCUGCUUGUAGCCAUUGUGGGUAUCUACAGAAAGGGAAAAAGCUGUUUGAUUACAUGUCAAGCGGACCAAAUCAUAUUGAUAGAAAGAUUCAACACUACACUUGUAUGGUAGAUAUCUUGGGAAGAAGCGGGAAACUGAAAGAGGCAGAGGAGCUUAUCGAGAGCAUGGUUGUGAUACCUAAUGAAAUGGUUUGGUUGGCUUUACUCAGUGCUUGUAGGAUGCAUUCUGAUGUAGACAGAGCCGAGAAAGCUGCUGCUGCUAUUUUUAAUCUGGACUCGAAAUCAAGUGCGGCUUAUGUCUUGCUGUCGAACAUAUAUGCUUCUGCUGGUAGAUGGUCGAAUGUAUCGAGAUUGAGAGUUAAGAUGAAGCAGAAGGGGAUAAUGAAGAAACCUGGGAGCAGUUGGGUUGUGUUUAGAGGGAAAAAGCACGAGUUUUUCUCUGGUGAUCGACCAGAUAGCUUGGUUAUAUAUGAGAAGUUGGAGUUUCUGAGAGACAAGUUGAAGGAACUUGGCUAUGUUCCUGAUUACAGAUCUGCUUUACACGAUGUUGAAGACGAACAGAAAGAAGAGAUGUUGUGGUAUCACAGUGAGAGGCUUGCUCUUGCGUUUGGGUUGGUUAAUACAGUUGAAGGAAGUAGUGUCACAGUUAUGAAGAAUUUACGGGUGUGUGCAGAUUGUCACUCAGUGUUCAAGCUGAUCUCAAGAGUUGUGGAACGUGGGAUUGUUUUAAGAGAUUCGACUCGGUUUCAUCAUUUUAGGAAUGGAAUGUGUUCUUGUGGGGAUUAUUGGCUAUCGGUGCAAUUCUCUAUGGCUUCUUCUUCUUCGUCUUCAUGCUCUUUUGGCAAUUGGUUAUAUGACUUUUUUCCAAGCUUCCCAGGAGAAGAUAUCCCGAGAAGCCUAUCUCUCGAUCCCGAGCUUAAACAUGCGAUUAGGAAUUCGAGAAUUGCUGUGGUCGUGUUUUCCAAAAACUACGCCUCUUCAAGCUGGUGUCUAAAUGAGCUGCUGGAGAUUGUGAAAUGCGAGAAAGAGUGUGGUCAAGUGGUGAUACCCAUUUUCUACCGUUUGGAUCCUUCCAACGGAGCUUUGACUGGUGUAGCUAAUAUCCUCGGAUAUCAUAUUGUCACCUGGGCUAACGAAGCAAGCAUGAUCGAAGAAAUCGCCAAUGAUGUUUUGGGUAAACUGAAUUUAUCUCCAUCAAAUGAUUUUGAGGAUUUUGUUGGUAUAGAAGAUCAUAUCACAAAGAUGAGUUCACUGUUGCACUUGGAAUCCAAGGAACAAACACAGUUCGUUUGUAAUCUGAUGGCUUCUCCUUCUUCUUUCUCAUCUCCUCGUAAUUGGGUAUACGACGUUUUCCCAAGCUUCAGCGGAGAAGACGUCCGCGUGAAUUUCCUCAGCCAUUUUCUAAAGGAGCUUGAUCGGAAGUUGGUUAUCGCUUUCAAAGACAACGAGAUCAAGAGAAGCCAAUCUCUCGACCCCACACUUAAACAAGCGAUUAGGACUUCAAGGAUUGCGGUGGUUGUGUUUUCGGAAAAGUACUCAUCUUCCAGCUGGUGCCUCGACGAGUUGCUGGAGAUCGUGAAAUGUAAGGAAGAAUCUGCUCAAAUGGUUAUACCCAUUUUCUACGGUUUAGAUCCAUCUCAUGUCAGGAAACAAACCGGAAAAUUUGGAGAGGCUUUUGCCAAGACUUAUGAGAGAAAAACAGAGGAUGAAACAAAGCUUUGGCGGCAAUCGUUGAUCCAAGUAGCAAAUCUCCUUGGUUAUCAUUCUCAAAACUGGCAUAACGAAGCAAAAAUGAUUGAAGCGAUUGCCAAUGAUGUCUUGGAUAAACUGAAUUUGUCUCCAUCUAAAAAUUUGAGGACUUUGUUGGAAUGGAAAAUCAUAUUUCACAGAUGA